AUGGAAGGAAUCAUUGUGGUGGUGUCAGCACCUUCCAAGGGGCCAGCAAGCCAGAUGCAGGUCUACAACUGCUUUGCAAACGCCCUCACAGCCUCAGCUUUCUGUGCAGCAGCUGGCCGGGCAGCUGUUGCGAGCGGGGGGAGGGUGGCAGUCUUGGCCGUGGCAGAGACCGUGCAGGAGUGUCGGGAAGAUGCAGUCAGCAUUCCUGGGGACGUAUCCUCGCUGUCUUGGUCCCCUGAUGGCUUGCUGCUGGCUGUGUCGUCGAUGGAUGGACCAGUGCAUGUCUUCUUGGCGGCUCUGCCAGCUGUGUGCGCUGUGAGGGACUGCUCCAUUGCAUGCCUGACAAAUCUCAGGGAGGUCACCAUCACUGACUUCAGCACUGGGGCUGGAUCAAAGCUGCGCUGUCCUGUCGUGGUUGAGCCAGCCUUCCUUGCUCUGGGGACCCACCAUUUGGCCGUGGGGCUAGAUUGCAAGAUAGCGUGCACGAGGCAGGGAGAUCUGUGGUACUACAGCUGUGAAGACCGCGCCUGUGUGGCAGAGCACCGCUUACAUAAUGGGCCAGCUGCUUUCAUAUCACCAGAACGCUCUGGUGUCAGGACUCUCUGCUCAACAAACGAUGGCCACAUGAUAGUGCACAGCGCUCUGGACAACUCCUGUGUGGCGGUGCCAGCGUUUCAGGGGCCCCUUGUGGCAGCCCUGUGGGACGCUCUGGACAGGAAUGUUUUCCUGCUGUCCAGUGGAAAGAUGUUGCAUGUCUUUGUCCUGGAGCUGACAGCCAUCAAUGGCCCAGGCAUCAAACAUUUGGGAAGCCAGCCAGCAUCAGCAGAGCUGUCCCCUGUGCUCCUUGUUGGAGGCAGGCUCAUCAGUCAGCACACCAACGGCUCUCUUGACAGCACAAUCCUGGACACUCACAAGCCUUUGGAGGCCGUUGAUGUGGGAGUGCGAGGGGAUGAGCGGCUGCUGAUGCGCGUACGCGCUGCUAUUGCCAUUGGCAGAAUGCAGCAGGCUCGGGACACGGCUGCGAUGCUGAACAAGACAGCUGGGUGGCAGGCACUGGCUGCUGCUGCCGUCCAUAGCAUGGACAUCCAACUGGCCAUUGAGUGA